AUGACGAUCUGUACUUAUAACACACGAACGCUUGCAUCGGAAGCGGUCAUCGAAAAUCUGAUGAUGCAAGCGAGGAAGUUUAAGUACGUCGUCAUCGGACUGACCGAGACGAGACGACGCCACCCACUGAGCGCCGUAUACGAAACCGGAGAAGAACUGUUCUCAGGAACGUGCGACAGCAGUGGUGGUGGAGUUGGCGUGCUUGUCAACACGAGUAUGGCAAAGAACAUCGACUAUCUCGAGCAACCUAAGAUCCGAAUCGGACAUCUGCGUAUAAGAAAAUGUAGUCGUCAGAUUUGA